UCUAACACCCGCCACUUCAAAUAUUCGUGUGCAAGAAACAUCUAGCCUCACUCUGUUCUGUCAUCUUUUGCUUUUAUUGCUAAGACUUCCUGCCUGUAAGAAAGGAAAACCACACCCUGUCGGGGUGGAGUCAGGUUUUUUUUCUUCCAAAAAGGACUUUCUCCAAAUCCUGUCUGAGAUGGGGAAUUUGAAACGGUGAAUAGAAUGGACAGUUCCUGGGAAUGGCUUUUUCCAUUAAACAAGCACUGGGAGGGUCUGAUAUUUCAGAUGCUUGCUAUAGGCUGGAGCAAACCAAGCCCUGGGUGUUUCACUGAUUUCCAGAUGAUUAGGAGCCUAGCAAUGGCUGAAGGCUGCUCUGGCAUGGGACCACUUUAGGAGCAUUUGUCAUCUCCACCAUGUCUUUGUCAUAGAUGCUGUCUCGAGUCCUUGUACUUGGCAGUUAUUAUCAUGGUAUCCUACAGAGUCUCUGGAGUUUGGAAUCUACAGUCAGCGUGAAAUGCAAGGAAAGAAAUUAGUGUUGCUUGCCUGCUCCCCAAAGCAGCCUGGAAUAGUGUCCCCUUUCAAACGUGUCUUCCUGAAAGGCGAAAAGGGUCGGGAUAAAAAGGCCCAGGAAAAGGUUACGGAAAGACGACCUCUUCAUACAGUACUGCUGUCCUUGCCUGAUCGAGUUGAACCAGACAUAUUGUUGAAUGACUACAUUGAAAAGGAAGUCAAGUAUUUAGGCCAACUAACAUCCAUCCCAGGGUACCUGAAUCCCUCCAGUCGUACUGAAAUAUUGCAUUUAAUAGACAAUGCAAAGAGGGCACAUCAGCUUCCAGGGCAGCUGACCCAGGAACAUGAUGCUGUGAUUAGUCUGUCUGCCUACAACGUCAAGCUGGUGUGGCGGGAUGGAGAGGAUAUCAUACUCAGGGUCCCCAUCCAUGACAUCGCAUCUGUGUCAUACAUCCGCGAUGACUCCUCACACCUGGUAGUGCUGAAAACAGCUCAGGACCCUGGAAUUUCCCCAAGCCAGAGUCUUUGUGCAGAAAGCUCCAAAGCACUUACUUCAGGAUCGUUGUCUGAGAGUGGAGUGGUACCUGUCGAAGCUUGUUGUUUGGUGGUCCUGGCUACAGAGAACAAAGUAACUGCAGAGGAACUCUGCUCACUUCUCAGCCAAGUCUUCCAGAUUGUUUACACUGAGUCCACAAUAGACUUCUUAGAUAGAGCAAUAUUUGAUGGGGCCUCCACACCAACGCGCCAUAUGUCCCUACACAGUGAUGAUUCUUCAACAAAAGUGGACAUUAAAGAAUCUUACGAAACAGAAGCAAGCACUUUCUCCUUUCCGGAAUCCUCGGAUACAGGCGGCAACUCGCCUUCUUCCUUCUCGACGCCUCAGUCUCCACACGUUAAGACGGUCAGUGAAAGUGAGCUGAGCACCACAGCAACGGAGCUGCUCCAGGACUACAUGAUGACGCUAAGAACCAAACUCUCUUCCCAAGAGAUCCAGCAGUUUGCAAUGCUCCUGCACGAAUAUCGCAAUGGGGCUUCAAUACACGAAUUCUGCAUCAACCUGAGACAGCUCUAUGGGGACAGUAGGAAAUUCCUGCUACUAGGCCUUAGACCGUUCAUUCCUGAAAAGGACAGCCAACACUUUGAGAACUUCCUAGAAACCAUCGGGGUGAAGGAUGGCCGGGGAAUUAUCACAGACAGUUUCGGGAGGUACAGACGGACUCUGAGCACUACCUCCAAUUCAACGACCAAUGGGAAUGGAGCUGCGGGGAGCUCGGAUGACCAGUCUGCCCCUUCCGAGGGAGACGAGUGGGACCGAAUGAUCUCUGACAUAAGCAACGACAUUGAAGCUCUUGGCUGCAGCAUGGACCAGGAUUCAUCAUGAGACACAGCUGUGGGAGGGAGGAUGAGAAGAUAGCUCCUUUCAAAGGGGCUUUUUUGUUCUCUUUCACCCCCAUGUACUAAUUGCAGCAACAUUUGCUGCUGUCUUCCUGACCUUCCAGUCUGAAAGAGGCUCCAAGGAUGAAUUGGGAUGUGAUUAUUUUUCCUGCCUUGUCAAUGGCUUCACUGGUGCCCAUUUUGUGAUGGUGGCUGGUGCCCUCUUACUGUGAAGGCAUGUGUGUGUCUUCGUGCAGGUGAGCGUGCUGUGUGAAAGGAAACCCGGGUUGGGUGAUGGAACCGGAGUCCCUUCCUCUGACUUCUUAGAACUUUCUUUGGUUUUGUGUUUUCUUUGCUGUCGUCGCUCUGGAGUGAUGCAACGAAGCUGGGGCAAGAAACUUGCAUUGAGCAGUAACAGCUCACUGGGACCCGAUGGCGGGUUUACAGUUUUGCACAUGAUAUUCCUAUUGUAACUCAGACUUUUUUUUUAAAUGAAGUUUACCACAAUGUGAAUAAUUUAAACCUA